GUGACCGGGCAUUUUGACGCGUACCAUCGACUCGGUGUUUACUAUCGAACUUUAUAGAAAGUGUAUAGUGUAUGGUCGGAGAGUGAAGUGUUUUUUUUAAUGUUUUUGAAGUGUUGCGUUGGGUGUGAGUGAUUUGACACGUGAAAGUGAACAUACAUAUAACAACAUAGGAUUGUUAAGAUAAACUAUGGCUGGUGAUACCGCUGAGAGGGUAGAAGAUCACACACACGUGGAAGAACCAAAUACACCGCCUGAAGUUGCAGAAUCAAAAACCGAAAAUGAAGAACUAAAAACAAAUAGUAUUAACAACACUAGUGAUAAAGAUACAGAUACAAACGAGAACAAAACAAAGGAAGCCGAGAAAACAAAUGAAGAAAAUAACAAAGAUGAAACCAAAAAUGGCGGCGAAAGCAAAACGUCGCACUACAUGCAAAAUCUCAAGAUUUCAAACUCUGGUACCGGAUUAGUAUUAAAUGAUAAGGAAAACAAGGAAGCCACUUUGUUGAGCGAUUCCAAGACUGUGGUCCGUUUCUCGCCGGUUUGGAGACAGACCCUGGCAUCAUCAGCGGCGAUCCUGCUGACCUUCACGGCGGGCCUGACGUCGGGCUACUCCGCCAUCUUGCUGCCCAAGCUCGAGCAGCCCGGCAGCCCUAUCAUGAUCGACGCCAGCACCAAGUCUUGGAUUGCUGCAAUGGCUGCCCUGCCCAUGGCUCCAGGCUGCCUCAUCGCGGGCUGGAUGAUGGAGAAGUUCGGAAGAAAGACGUCCCUAUACAUCAUCUGUGUGCCCUUCCUCCUCGGGUGGAUCCUCAUCGCCUGCGCAUCGAACCUGGGCCUCAUGCUCCUCGGCAGAUUCUUCACGGGACUCUGCGUCGGUCUACUCGGACCCCUAGGCCCAGUCUACAUCGGAGAAACCAGUGAACCCAGAUACAGAGGAUUCUUCCUCGCUGCCAUAUCUUUAGCCAUAGCCAUAGGCAUAUUCGUUGCCCACCUCAUCGGAACCUUCAUGACUUGGCAAUGGACCGCUACCAUCUGCUGCUUAUUCCCUAUCCUAUCAGUCCUACUUCUAAUGCUGAUCCCCGAAAGUCCUACGUGGCUUAUUUCUAAAGGAGAAGUCGAACAAGGUGUAAAAGCUUUCGGCUGGCUGAGAGGCUACAGCGAAGAGGCUAAUGCUGAGCUAAAAUGUAUUAUUGACAACCAAAAAGCUGCUGACAACGAACCUAUAAUGACCUGGCAAGAGAAAAUCAAGGAUCUACGAAGCCCUGAGCUGAUCAAGCCACUAUUCAUCAUGAUCCUAUUCUUCAUUACGUGCCAGUUCUCCGGGGUCAACGCGGUUGCUUUCUACUCUAUUGAAAUCGUGGAGAAGGCGGUCGGUUCUGGCUUGGACCACUACAUGGUGAUGCUGAUCAUAGAUUUAGUAAGAGUGGCGAUGUCAGUUGUCGCUUGUGUUAUCUGUAAGCAAUAUGGCAGAAGGCCCUUGUGCUUCAUAAGCGGUAUUUGGACUGCGAUAGCCAUGGUUGGGCUGUCAAUGUUCCUGUAUUUCAAACCUGAGAACCUAUCGUGGGUGCCGCUAACUUGCCUGACCGUAUACAUCUGCGCGAUAUCAAUAGGUCUGGUACCUCUUCCAUGGAUAAUGUGUGGGGAGGUGUUCCCAACCAAAGUACGAGGCUUAGGCUCAGGUAUAAGUUCAGCAACGACAUUCGUGGCGUUCUUUGUCGUCGUCAAAACAGCCCCUGGCAUGAUGACACACCUCGGGGAAGUCUUCACAUUCCUUAUUUACGGAGUAGUGUCCUUAGUUGGAACAGCAGUUAUGUAUUUCAUAUUACCAGAAACUAAAGGAAAAAGCUUGCAAGAAAUUGAAGAGAGAUUCAAACACGGGAAGAAGAGUACCGAACUGAAAGUAUAAAUUAUGUGCCUUAUUAAUAUUUUAUGUUUAGUUAGUUCGCUAAGCGACGUAAUAUUUAAUCUGUGAUACUCAUAUUGUCAGUGAUGACUGAAUAAAAAUCGUAUUAUUGUGAUACUA